AUGUUCGGUCAUCAUCAUCAUCAUCAUAAUAAUAAUCCUUAUAUGAAUCGAGAAAUGGGGUCGGAUAUGUGGAUUCAACAAAAUAUUCCCGGGGGAUUAAACAGUCCCUUGGGAGAAUAUCUUGACAAUAGAAUGGGUGGAAAUCCAAAUCCAACCUUUGGUCAAACUGUUGGAGGCUAUCCAGGUGUCAAUGGAUUUGGUGGUUAUCCAAACUAUGGCAAUUCAUUUGGUUAUUACAUGUAA